AUGCAACAUUCAAUACAAAGACUGAUGACUGUGAGGUGCUCUCAGCGCCAAAGUGUCAAGGAUGCGAAGGAAGGAGUGGGCCAAUGCAGAACUCGAGUCAGCCUCGUUCGACGUGCUGCAGUUAGUGAUAACCAACAUGCGACAUUCGAUACGAAGACUGGUGAUCAUGAGUUGCUCUCGGCACCAAAGUGUCGAGGAUACUCGGAGAUGCGAAGGAAGGAGUGGACCGAUGCAGAGCUCGCCGAGUCAGCCUCGUUCGAUGUGCUGCAGUCAGUGAUAACCAACAUGCGACAUUCGACACGAAGACUGGUGAUCUGUCGAGGAUACUCGGAGAUGCGAAGGAAGGAGUGGACCGAUGCAGAGCUCGCCGAGUCAGCCUCGUUCGAUGUGCUGCAGUCAGUGAUAACCAACAUGCGACAUUCGACACGAAGACUGGUGAUCACUGGUGAUAACCAACAUGCGACAUUCGACACGAAGACUGGUGAUCGUCACUGUAUCUGUGUGAACUUCGAGGACAUGCUGGAGUCGUUAAAACUCCAAAGCUCUCACACUAAUAUGAUAUCAGCAUACCACAGCAUGGUCUCUUCUCCUGUUAUUACUGUUUCUCCCGCUGGGGCCUCUAAAUUUCAUCAUUGUGCGAUGGAGCUACCUACUGAAGUUUUCACUAAGCGAUCUGUGCAGGACGACACUCAUCAUGAUUCCACCAAGCACCCUUAUGAUGAUCAUAGUUGGGUAUUGGAACCCACGGGCUUCAAUAAGCAAUCAUCUGAAGAAUCCCUUCAUGGUGCUGCAGUUCUUCCAACUCAAUCCCUUCCAAAUGGCCUCCCCCCUGUAUCACAACAUCUGUCACUUUAUGCAAAACGCGCUAGCCGAAAGUUCAGGCCUUAUCAGCGAGGGGGGCAUGUUCCAACUGCACUGGAACACCGUUUUAUGAUGAAAAACAUGUUGAAGCGUGAUGAGGCUGAUGGCGAAGAGCUGAUUAAAAGAGGCCUGAGGAGCAUGCCCGACGCGACCGUCCACUCAGCUAUCGCCGCAAAGCGAGCUGACGCCGAAAGCAAGCAUUUGCGGGCUCUCGCAACAGCGUGGGAGCUCGAAUCAGCUGAAAAACAUGCCAUACUUCUUCAAAGCAUUCUAAGGGAUUCUGCUCAACAAUAUGCCGAGAGCAAAGCAGAGGCUUCAUUCCUCGAAAGGAUGUUGGUCAGACGAUCCAUGGAGCAGCUCGAAGACGAUGCAGACUUCAGCCUCGCUGCAUAUAGCCACGAUCUCAUCGCUACCCAAAUCGCAGACCUGCAACUUGAUUUUAUGGAGGAGGUUGGCUCUGAACGGAAGUUGCCUUUGGAUGACACUGACUCGGAAGAUGCUAAAUAUCGCUUGGACGCAUGCCUGGACAGCAUACUCGCAGAUGCGAGCAAUUUCAGUGCUGUCACAGUGGCCUGA